CUGACAAGCACUCAGUUUUCAAUGAGGAAAUUGAAGACAUUUUGCAUCUGGAGUACUUCUGAAGACACGAGCCAAAGACAAGCUAAAGCACCGGGCAUGAAGUCAAAGAGCAGGCCCUGCAGUGGGAGGAGUGGAGACUAAAAACAGCAGCAGUAAAGCUCAUCUGUUUGAUCAGGAUGGGCUGCACUUGCAGUGGCGAGAAACAAGAAAAAGAAGAAGGAUUCCGCAAAGGAAAACACAAAUCACACGCCUCCCCGUCAUCAAACCAUAUAGGACGAAGUGGAAACGCCUAUACAAAUAAUGAUGACACUAUAUUUAUUGCACAACACGACUUCAAAGCGACCAACGACAGUGAUCUGCCUUUCAGAAAGGGAGACAAACUUAAAGUAUUGCAAGAAACCGGAGAAUGGUGGCUGGCCCGACUGCUGACGACUGGACAAGAAGGCUUGAUACCAUCGAAUUAUGUAGCCAGAGCAGAUACGCUGGAAGUGGAAAAAUGGUUUUUCAAGGAUUUGGGCAGAAGAGAAACCGAGAGGCUACUUUUAGCACCCGGAAAUAAACCAGGAUCCUUUCUAAUUCGAGAGAGUGAGACCUGUAAAGGGUCAUUCUCGCUGUCAGUCAAAGAUUAUGAAGGAGAAAGAGGAGAUGUAGUAAAACAUUACAAAAUCCGUUGUUUGGACAAAGGUGGCUACUACAUCUCCCCUUCCAACACGUUCCCGACCCUACAGGAAUUGGUUCAAUACUAUACCCACACGGCAGAUGGGUUAUGUCAGCGACUGUAUGCUCCCUGUAAGCCUAUGGCCCCUCAGCAGCCAUGGGCCCAUGAUGAAUGGGAGAUUCCUCGAGAGACAGUGAAAAUGGUGAAGAAAUUGGGGGCCGGACAGUUUGGGGAAGUGUGGAUGGGUUACUACAAGAACACCCAGAAGGUUGCUAUUAAGACCUUAAAGGAGGGGACAAUGGCGCCUGAGGCCUUCCUUCAGGAGGCCAACCUGAUGAAGCAGUUGAGGCAUGACCGACUGGUACGACUUCAUGCUGUUGUCACUAAGGAGCCCAUUCUUAUUGUCACCGAAUUUAUGAUCAAUGGAUGUCUUCUAGACUUUCUAAAAACAGACGAAGGGAAAAAGCUAAAGCUAAAUAAGCUGAUCGACAUGUCAGCACAGAUAGCUGAAGGCAUGGCGUACAUUGAGAAGAAGAACUACAUCCACCGUGAUCUGCGUGCAGCUAACAUACUGGUCAGCGAGACGCUGCAUUGCAAGAUAGCAGACUUUGGCCUGGCCAGAAUCAUCGAGUCAGAAUACACGGCUCAAGAAGGUGCUAAGUUUCCCAUUAAAUGGACGGCUCCAGAGGCCAUCAACUUUGGGACGUUCAGCAUCAAAUCGGAUGUCUGGUCCUUUGGGAUCCUCCUGACAGAAAUAGUCACCUACGGAAGAAUACCAUACCCAGGUAUGACGAACCCAGAGGUGAUCAGGAGUCUAGACAGGUCAUACAGGAUGCCAUGUCCAGACGGCUGUCCAGAGGAACUGUAUGAUAUCAUGAUGGUGUGCUGGAAGCAGAAGCCUGACGACCGACCGACUUUUGAAUAUCUUCAGAACACUCUCAACGACUUUUUUAUUGCCACGGAAGGACAAUAUGAGAUGCAGCCGUGAUGACAGAAAAAGAGAAUGUUUUUCGUUGUGGACAAUGAAAUCUCUUAAAAAACCAUGACUUGAAUGGAUAAAGGACCACAUAGCUUUUUGAUGAUACUUUUUCUUUUAAAUAGAGUGAUGGAUACGUUUUUCACACCUGCCUUCUAAGUGAAUGUUAAAGAUAUUCAUGGCUUCUUCUGUCUGUAGCGGAUAUCAGUCAGAUAUGCAACGCGGCUUCAUGUCAGCGCCUUUUCUCGAUGGAGCAUAAGGUUGCAUUCUUAGAACUGAUGUAUGAUGCGUAUUAGGACGAUGGAUAUACAAAUACAGUUCACUCAUGUUGUAAAGCAACAUCUGGACCCAGAGAAGUCAGCACAGGUAAAGUUGCAGAUUAAACAUUUGCAUGGUACAGAAACUAGAACCCUGAGAUUACAUGCACAAUACUUUGCACUUUUUUUUAUUUUUCUAAAAAAAAUAAGUAAUUCAGCAGAUUUUUUUUAAGUGCUUAGCAAAGAGACGUUAUUCUUGCAUUUAUGUCUUUUGUAAAUAAGAACUUGUAGUUCUUGUAUUUAAAUCAAAAAUUUGAAAUUACAAUGCUGUAAAAGCAUUUCUCAUGUAGGGCUUUAGUGGUGACUAUCACUUUUUACAGUUUGGUGUUUGAGACAACGAGGAUGUGUCUCAGUUCACCGAUCAUUAGAGAAAAUAGCAGCGUUUGUGUUUUGUUUUGUUUUUUAAAAAAGACGUUUGACAUCUUAAGUGUGAAAGUAAAGCUAACACUCUGGAUGAAACAAAAAUAAAAAGAACUUUAAAAUACAUCACCUCCCUCGUGAAAACAAAUGGCAGCAAUGUGUAGACUGAGUUACUAACUCUAGUUUCGAUCAUGUUAAAAUGAUGAAAGGGGUGACUGACCCGAACAUACCCCCCAUUUUGAACGGCAACCCAUAGGAAGCCUUUAAAAGCAGCUAACUACUAAAUUACAGCAGUCUUCAACUGAGCCUUCCCAGGGGGAGCACAGACAGUUAGUGAUAAGAGACUGGAAUGGCUGUGUUAGCCAAGGGGUGAAACUCUGCCAUUUCCUGAAUGGACAGGAAACAGGAAGUGUGCGUCAGCAUUCCUAAAAUGCCACAAAGCUAGAACAGUCUCGCAUACCAAGUUAGUAGUUGUCUUCACAUUUUUCCUCCUGAAAUACAUCCGUUUGAAAUUUACUUUUUGUUGUUAUUGCUGAUUGAGCGCCUCUGAAUUUUGAGGGAGAGGGAAAUUGUCAUUUAACAUAAUAGUGAUGGUAAAUAAAAACCAAAACAACUUCAAGUAUUCUUAAAAUAUAUAAAACAUUAUUAUUAAUCUUAUUCAAUAAGAGCACAUGAGAAUAAACAUGCAUUAUAUCUAAAAAUGUCUGCCAUGUCUGUUUAAAAAAAAUAUGGCAGGUGAUUUUAUGUUGACAUUUGUAAUAUAAAACUGAAUAUGUUUUAAAAUAGCCUGUAAAGCCAGUUGAAAUGUUUUUAAUAUGCCUGACCACUGGACUUUUUCCUUAUAAAUACAAAUUAAUCUUUAACCUCGCAGAAGACCCAAAGACGUUUCAACAUUUUUAAUCUCUCAUAUGAUCCAUGAAUUCUGUCCCAUGCAUACUAAUAUCAGAUAUGGCAGGUGCUAUGUCAGCAUCAGCGACAGUGUAUCAGUGUUUUACAUUUUCUUGCUGUUGUUUUUUUAAUGAUUGCAAGCAUGAAUGUGUUAAUAGUAGUUUAAUUUCAGUUCAUACUGGUUAAUACCAGCAGUGUCUUGGAAAUCAAUUAUAUAGAUUAUUUAUUCUCUGUAAUUAGAUUACUCUUUUCACCUUGUGGACAAUGCAAAUCAAAUAUGAAAAUGCAAAUACAUGUGUAUUUUUAAAAAAUUAAAGUGGGAAGUGAAAAA